AUGAGGCCAACGACCCAUUUGAUGUUACCUCGGGCACUACAAGAAGUAGAUAUCUUUGCCAAAACAGUUGACGCCAUUACCACUUCUGAAUUUCGUAACAGAGCCCUAUAUCCAGCUAAAGCUUUACUCUUUACUAGAAGAAAUCAGAAGACCCAGACUCUGAGAGAAUCUCUACCAACUUUUCUACCGGCUAUAAAUAAAUGGUUUGUAUGUCGGGGUAGACACAGUGCUUCCCUCUCGUCCCAAUACCUCAGUCCCUUUGCUCAUACGCUUGUGCCCUAUGAGAUCAUAGGUCCUGCUCAAUCUUCUCUCGCCGAUCUCCUUAUGGCUGUAUACACUCCACAGCCUCAUCCGAGCAAUGCUGCCCCUUCCGACUGCUUCCACCAGUUCCACGCGCCGCUCUCGCUGCUUUUACACAGCUCUGCCGUCGGCCUCUAUGUUGCGCAAGCCUCACUCCAACAACUACCGGAAGAGUUAAAAAAAGACCUCCCAGUACCUCAUAUCGUGAGAGAGGCUGGUCGAGGGGACAUCUAUGAUGCCAACCUUUGGUUGGGCAACCCACCAACGUAUACGCCGUUGCAUAAAGAUCCAAAUCCUAAUUUAUUUUGCCAGCUGGCUGGUCGAAAACGAGUACGGCUCUACUCGCCAAAGGUUGGCCUUGAGAUUUUCCGUGAAGUAAGAUUGUCUUUGGGUGAUACUGAUUCUAGGGGAACGAUAAGAGGGCGGGAAAUGAUGGAGGGAUUUGAGAGAGUUGAGUUGGAGCGGACUGUUUGGGGACCUGGUUCAGAGCAGAUGUGGGAGGGGAUGGAGGUGGACUUGGAGGCUGGGGAUAGUCUCUUUAUUCCUGAGGGCUGGUGGCAUACGAUUCGAGGCUUGAAGGAGGGAGUAGAAGGAGAGGUAAUCGCUAGUGUAAAUUGGUGGUUUAGAUAA